GAAGAAAUGCGGCAUAGCCUUGAGUGCAUCCAGGCCAAUCAGAUCUUUCCCAGGAAGCAGCUGAUUCGGGAGGAUGAGAAUCUUCAGGUCCCUUUUCUUGAACUUCAUGGAGAGAGCACCGAGUAUGUGGGCCGUGCUGAGGAUGCCGUCAUUGCCCUUUCUAAUUACAGACUUCACAUCAAGUUUAAGGAGUCUCUUGUUAAUGUUCCAUUACAGCUUAUAGAAAGUGUUGAAUGCCGUGAUAUAUUUCAGCUUCAUUUGACAUGCAAAGACUGCAAAGUUAUCAGGUGUCAGUUCCCAACCUUUGAGCAAUGUCAAGAUUGGCUUAAGAGAUUGAAUAAUGCAAUCCGACCACCUGGUAAAAUAGAAGAUCUCUUCUCAUUUGCAUACCAUGCUUGGUGCAUGGAGGUCUACGCCAGUGAAAAAGAACAACAUGGAGACCUGUGCAGACCAGGGGAGCAUGUGACUUCAAGGUUUAAGAAUGAAGUGGAGCGGAUGGGUUUUGAUAUGAACAAUGCCUGGAGGAUUUCCAACAUCAAUGAGAAAUACAAAUUAUGUGGUAGUUAUCCACAAGAACUCAUAGUGCCUGCGUGGAUCACUGACAAAGAACUAGAGAGUGUGGCAGGCUUCAGAUCCUGGAAGCGCAUCCCUGCUGUCAUCUACAGGCACCAGAGCAAUGGAGCGGUCAUUGCCCGCUGCGGACAGCCGGAGGUUAGCUGGUGGGGCUGGCGAAAUGCUGAUGAUGAGCACCUGGUACAGUCAGUGGCCAAGGCUUGUGCUUCUGACUCUCAGUCAAGUGUCAGCAAGGUUUCCACUAGGAACAGUUGUCGAGACUUUCCCAACGGAGGAGAUCUUUCUGAUGUGGAGUUCGAUUCCUCUCUGUCAAAUGCUUCAGGAGCAGAAAGUUUAGCUCUUGAGCCACAGAAGCUUUUGAUCUUGGAUGCUCGAUCCUAUGCAGCAGCUGUGGCAAAUCGAGCCAAAGGGGGAGGCUGUGAGUGCCCAGAGUAUUAUCCAAACUGUGAAGUUGUGUUUAUGGGAAUGGCAAACAUUCACUCUAUCCGGAGGAGUUUCCAGUCUCUGCGACUGCUGUGCACACAGAUGCCAGACCCCGGGAAUUGGCUUUCUGCUCUUGAAAGCACAAAAUGGCUCCAUCACCUGUCUGUGCUUUUGAAGUCGGCACUUCUCGUGGUGCAUGCUGUGGACCGCGAUCAGCGACCAGUGCUAGUGCACUGCUCAGAUGGCUGGGAUCGCACUCCCCAGAUUGUGGCACUGGCUAAGCUCCUGCUGGACCCUUAUUACCGAACAAUAGAGGGUUUCCAAGUCCUUGUGGAGAUGGAAUGGCUAGAUUUUGGCCAUAAGUUUGCUGACCGGUGUGGUCAUGGGGAGAACUCAGACGAUCUGAACGAGCGUUGCCCAGUGUUUCUGCAAUGGCUUGACUGUGUUCAUCAGCUGCAGAGGCAAUUUCCUUGCUCUUUUGAGUUCAAUGAAGCAUUCCUUGUGAAACUGGUACAGCAUACCUAUUCCUGCCUCUUUGGAACAUUCCUGUGCAACAACGCCAAGGAGAGAGGGGAAAAGCAGACUCAGGAACGGACGUGCUCUGUGUGGUCGCUUCUUCGAGCAGGCAACAAAGCUUUCAAAAAUCUCCUGUAUUCAUCUCAGUCAGAAGCCGUGCUGUACCCCGUGUGCCAUGUGCGGAAUCUGAUGCUGUGGAGCGCAGUAUACCUUCCAUGCCCAUCCCCGUCUACCCCAUCAGACGACAGCUGUGCACCAUACCCCGCCCCAGGCACCAGCCCUGAUGAUCCCCCCCUGAGCCGCCUACCCAAGACUAGAUCAUUUGACAAUCUGACCACAGCCUGCGACAACACGGUGCCUCUGGCCAGUCGGCGCAGCAGUGACCCCAGCCUGAAUGAGAAGUGGCAGGAGCACGGGCGCUCCCUGGAGCUGAGCAGCUUUGCUGGCUCUGGGGAAGAGGCGCCUGCGGUGGACAGUCUGCGGAAGCCCAGCAGGCUGCUUGGAGGGGCUGAACUAUCCGUGGCAGCUGGUGUGGCUGAAGGGCAGAUGGAGAACAUUUUGCAAGAGGCCACCAAAGAGGAGAGUGGGACAGAAGAGCCUGCCCACAGGGAGCACACCGAGGUGCCAGAGGUCAAAGAGGAGACACUCCUAGCAAAGGAGAGCAGGAUGGCGGCUGAGGGCUCAGUUGUACUUUACCAAGAGCCAGAGCUGGAUGAUGCUACUCUAAGAAGCCAUCUAGACCCCAGUCUGUCUUUGUCGUCACAGGGUAUUCCUGAACAGCAGGCCGGGCACCAUGCUCUCUCUAGUUCACUCCAAGAUCCUUUCAGGGGAGAGGACUCCCAGGAGCUUCCUGUGGCGCAGCCUCAAGUAGAACAUACUGCAGAGGACAGGGAGAGUGUAGCUCCUGGCGUCCUGGUAGAUGCAAAAGUUGGCCUUGGUACCUCACAGUCUAGUUCUCUGCUGCCUUCCCAAGUCCCAUUUGAGACAAGAGGACCACACACAAACAGCUCUGUGCACGUGUUACUAGAAGAUAAGGUGAAGUCAGAGAGUGGGCCCCAGCUCCAUCACAGACCUUGCCUGGCAAGCAGUGGUAGGUUCAGCGGCAAGGACAUGGUUCCUCUAGUACCAGAGCCCAGGUCUGCUGAGAGGCCCCAGUGGGACUCUGUGGUACACAGGACUUCAUCCCCUGGCAACACCCUCAGCCUGAUGCGGGCUCCUUGUGCCUUGCCAUUAGACAAAUGUAGACAGGGAAUUGUGUGUAACGGUGCCCUAGAGACUGAAAACAAGGCCUCAGAACAGCCUGCAGGGUUUGGCACCCUUCAGAAGUACCCCACACCCAAUGGGCAUUGUGCCAAUGGGGAGGCUGGGAGGAAUAAGGACCCAGUGAGCCACCAGCUGUCUGCUACAAGCUGCAGCUCUGCUCACUUGUACUCAAGGAACUUGCACCACAAGUGGCUCAAUAGCCACUCGGGGAGGCCGUCCACUACGAGCAGCCCUGAGCAGCCUUCCCGCAGCCACCUGGAUGAUGAUGGCAUGCCUGUGUACACGGACACAAUCCAACAGCGCCUGCGACAGAUAGAGUCGGGCCACCAGCAGGAAGUGGAGACCUUGAAGAAACAAGUCCAGGAGUUGAAGAGUCGCCUGGAGAGCCAGUACCUGACCAGUUCUCUGCGCUUCAAUGGGGACUUUGGAGAUGAAGUGAUGACCCGUUGGCUACCUGACCACCUGGCUGCCCACUGCUAUGCCUGUGACAGUGCCUUCUGGCUCGCCAGCAGGAAGCACCACUGCAGGGACACUGACCGUGUUGAUCAAACGUGGAAUUGUGGGAACGUAUUCUGCUCCAGUUGUUGUAACCAGAAGGUUCCAGUUCCUAGCCAGCAGCUCUUUGAACCCAGUCGAGUGUGCAAGUCUUGCUAUAGCAGCCUCCAUCCCACAAGCUCCAGCAUUGACCUUGAACUGGAUAAGCCUAUUGCUGCCACUUCAAACUGAAGCUCAAGUGACCUGGGUGGCAGAGACCAUGCUGCUGUUUCUUUAACAGGCUCAUACACAGCCUGGGCAGUCCGAGAGGCCCAUUCGCUUUGGAAUGGGGGCAUGGAACAAUCUGUAUAGAGAUGGGAUGUACCACUGGAUUGUAAAUUGAUUUCUGUUUCAUCUUUCCCUCCCUUUCCAUGCUCCUUUGCCUUCUAAAAACAAAAUGUUCCCUGGUUGUCUUAAUUCUUUUUUUUUUUUUUUAAACGGAAGCCCAGAGGUUGCCAGGC